AUGGACGACUCGUCACCAUUUCGAGUCGCUGUCGUUGGCGGUGGCAUCGGCGGACUCUUCUGUGCCCUUUCUCUGAACUAUCACGUGAAGCAGCCUAUCCACAUAGAUGUCUACGAACAAGCGUCUCAAUACCGCGAGAUUGGUGCCGGCGUCGGCAUUGGUCCCAAUGCCGCCAAACUCUUUGGAGAGAUCGGACUCGGCGAUCGUCUCGGUUCCAUAGCCGGUGAGCGUAAUGGGGUAUGGAUUUCCUUCCGCCGCCACGAUGACGGCGGCGAGGUUAUCACCAUUCCCCUCGUUGAGACCUCCACAGCGCGCAAUAUGUCCAUGGCGCGGUCCGAGUUCCUUGACACCCUCAUCGAAGCUAUCCGGGAACGCAACGCAGCCACACUCCACACCAGCAAGCGCUGUGUCAGUCUCUCUAAAGACGACCCCAACUCAGUCACCCUGCACUUCGCGGACAGCACCACCGCCAAUGCCAACCUCGUCAUUGCAGCUGACGGAAUCCACUCGGCCAUCCGUGCUCAAUUCGCAACCGACAAACCCGUAUACGGUGGAAUGAUCGCCUACCGAGGCGUGAUUCCCAUCUCCUCCCUACCGACCUGGAAUUUCCCCACCUAUUCCGUUCUCUGGAUGGCUCGGGGUCGGCACUUCCUUGUCUUUCCCAUCAGUAAGAACGAAUCUCUCAACAUCGUCGCCUUCGUCACCAAGUCCGAGGCCGAGGUCCAAGACACCGAAGAGUCUUGGACGCAAGAAUGCGACCGCGCAGAAGUCGAGCGGGACUUUGCCGGCUUUGAGAACACGGUGCAGCAUUUGAUCCGUCAGAUGCCCCAGCCCGCAAGUAAAUGGCGCUUGAAUUACCGAGAGCCGCUGGAUCAGUGGGUGCACAUGGGUGGACGUGUCGUGCUUGUAGGCGAUGCGAGUCAUAGCAUGAUGCCGCAUCAAGGCGCGGGCGCAGGCCAGGCCGCGGAGGACGACUACAUAUUGGCGCAUUGCUUGAAUGGCUAUCUAUCCCAGGGCAGAUGGGAUGGGAAGAGUCUGGAGGACUGGAUGCACCUGUAUCAGCAGGUCCGGCUGCCCCGAGCGCAGAAAGUCGCAAAGACGAGUAAAGAGGCUGGGGAGACCUAUGAGAUGGUGACCGAGGAUCUGAAAGACGUGCCCCUCGACGACGCGUUGAGUAUCGUGCGCGAAAGAAUCGAGCAGCGCAUGAAGUGGAUCUGGACCGAAGACCUGAGCGAGGUCUUUGCGCGAGCCAAGAGGGAGAAUGGGUUCGAGGCUCCACAAAGUAAUGGCAACUUGUAG